UAGCGACAGACAUUGAACAUACCCCCUCGGCGCCUCCAGCCCCACCUGUCGCCAAAACGAAGAGUAGCCUGCACAGUGAGCAGCCACAGCCUGCUAACCUCUCGAAUCGAGCCUCAAGCUGGGGCAACGUCAAUCCUACGACAAGACCUAAUGUUUCGAAGGCUGCCGUAACGAACCCGAAAGCUCGCCAAGGAUCCUUCGCAACCAGUAUCUCUGCUAUAGUGAAGGACAAGGAUGACCUGGCUGCUGACGAGGAGAUGCGUCGACUCUCACAAAAGCGACGGGACGUCGACAGCACUGCGCGCGAGACUGAGGGGCUUAAGAAGCGCGCCGUGCCACGUUCGCCUCUGACUCCUGAACGCGUCUUGCAUGAUCGGAAUUGUACGCUGAACAUUUUCGAACGUGGAGAAAUCAUGGAUUACGAGAAAGACGGCAUUUAUUUCACCGGCACCAAGAACGCACGCAAGAUCGUCGGCAGUCUGACCCCAUCACCUCAGCCUUCUUCGAGCGACAAGGACUCCAAAUCUGGCAACUAUGGAUAUGACGAUGAGCGCGGCGACUACAACAUAGUGCUCGGAGACCACUUGGCAUACCGGUACGAGGUUGUUGACAUCCUUGGCAAAGGCAGCUUUGGCCAGGUGGUCCGAUGCAUAGAUCACAAAGCAGGCGGUCUGGUGGCAGUGAAAAUUAUCAGGAACAAGAAACGGUUCCACCAGCAGGCUCUGGUCGAGGUCGGCAUACUGGGUCGACUCAGAGACUGGGAUCCCGAUGGAGCUCACGCGACGCUCUCCAUCACAUCGUCGUUCUACUUCCGCUCUCACUUGUGCAUCGUCACGCCAUGCCUCAGCAUCAAUCUAUAUGAGCUCAUACGAGCUCACAACUUUGUUGGAUUCCCGCUGCCAUUAAUUCGUCGAUUUGCGCGACAAUUGCUUGCUUGCCUGGUUUUAUUGCAGCAAAAGCGCAUCAUUCAUUGCGAUCUCAAACCGGAGAACAUACUGCUGUGUGAAGCACGCAAAGCCGACGUACGGGUCAUCGACUUCGGAAGCAGUUGCAAGGAGGAAGAGAAGGUGUAUACGUACAUUCAAUCGCGCUUUUAUCGAAGUCCGGAGGUCAUUCUGGGUAGCAGCUAUGGCCUGGGCAUCGACAUGUGGUCCUUGGGUUGUAUCCUUGCCGAACUCUGGACCGGCUAUCCGUUAUUUCCUGGAGAAAAUGAGCAGGAGCAACUCGCUUGCAUCAUGGAGAUAUUCGGGCCUCCCGAUCGGCACCUUGUGGAGCGAUGCACUCGAAAGAAGCUUUUCUUCGAUUCUGUGGGCAAGCCUCGCGUCACUGUCAGUAGCAAGGGGAGAAGACGGCGUCCCAGCUCAAAGACGCUUUCGCAGGCUCUUAAGACAGAUGAUGAGGCAUUCUCGGACUUCCUCGCACGCUGCUUGCGAUGGGACCCAGAUCGAAGGAUGAAGCCUAACGAUGCCAUCAACCAUCCGUUUAUCACGAACCAGCCAUUACAGCAACGGACAAGCAGUGGUUCUGCAAAUGCAUUCGCAAUGCAGCAGCAACAGGCAACGCCAGCUAAAGAGAGAAGCAGACCUUUACCCGAGACACCGCAGACAGCAUUGCGCAAUGGUACCGCUUCGAACAGCAACCAACCUCAGGGCUCGCCAUCCAAGCAGCUAGGGGGUGUCAGGCGGCACAGCACCGUGAACUCGGCUAACUCUGCGACCUUUGCGGGUGGCAAACGCACCAGUAACGGUGUGCCGCUGAGUGCAGGAGCGGCGAACGGUACUGCAGCCCAACGACAAGCCAGCACAACUACGAACAAUUCUGGGAACUUGGCCCAUAUGGCGGCUAGGGAAGCAAAUGCUACAGCUCGCUGGAAAGCAUGACCAUGUGAAAAGUGUGAUGGAGUUUGAGGCUGUCUGAUGUAAAAAAGAGGAAGGAAGCAGCGUGCCCAUAGCGCAGGCCGCUGUUGUGAUAGAUAUGGCAUUGGUAAUGUUGGGGGUGAGGGGGAGAACAGAGAAGCAUGUACGAGAGCAUACUCUUCACGGCAAGAGCAAUGUCUGUAGCGAGGAAAGCCAAAUGCCUCCAAGACAUAAGAUGCCUGACUCGUGCCACGAAUGCAAUUUGUCUUAUC